UUACCAGCAUUUUUUAUGGAUGGAGAUUUUUCUUUUGGAGGUGUUUUCUCUUUACAUUACAAGAUGCGCACAGUCGUUUAUGACUACACCAGCAGGCCCGAGUCCCCAGUGUGCACAGGGAGCUUUAACGCCCGGGGUUUGCGCUUCUCUCGUGCCAUGGUCUUUGCCGUUGAAGAGAUCAACAACAGCUCAGAUCUGCUGCCAGGAAUCAAACUUGGAUAUCAGAUCUUUGACUCAUGCGUGGCAGUGCCUGUGUCCACACACGUGGCCUUUCAGCUAUCCAACGGUCAGGAUCCUGUGUUUUACAAAGGAAGAAAUUGCUCUCAAUCUGGUAUGUUGAUGGCUGUUGUUGGAGACUCUGGAUCCACACCAUCCAUCGGCCUGUCACGGAUCAUUGGGUCCUUCAACAUUCCUCUUAUCAGCUACUUUGCCACCUGUGCCUGCCUGUCAGAUAAGCAGCAGUACCCAACUUUUUUCCGAACCAUUCCCAGUGACCAGUUCCAGGCUGAUGCACUGGCCAAGCUGGUGAAACACUUUGGCUGGACUUGGAUAGGCGCUGUCCGCUCUGACUCAGAUUAUGGAAACUACGGCAUGGCGACAUUUCUUGCUGCUGCCCAGAGAGAGGGAAUCUGUGUGGAAUAUUCUGAAUCAUUCUUCCGGACUGACACACGUAGCAAAAUUCAGAAAAUAGCUAAUGUUAUCCGCAGAUCGACAGCUGUUGUUGUUGUGGCAUUCACAUCCUCUGGAGACAUGAGUAUUCUGUUGGAGGAGCUGGCUCAGGAGCCUCCACCACCCCGCCAGUGGAUAGGAAGUGAGGCCUGGGUUACUGACCCAUUUCUGAUGAGCUACAGUUUCUGUGCAGGAGCCAUCGGAUUUGCCAUUCAGAAAGCCGUCAUCCCAGGUCUGAGAGAGUUCCUACUGGAUCUCUCUCCCAGUAAAGUUGCCUCCUCCUCGGUGCUGACUGAGUUCUGGGAGGACACAUUUAACUGUACAUUAACAAAAAAUAAGGAUCCUAAUAGGAGAGUGUGUGAUGGCAAUGAAAACUUAAAAACACUUCAAAACCCGUACUCUGACACAUCUCAGUUAAGAGUCACUAACAUGGUGUACAAGGCUGUUUAUGCAGUAGCUCAUGCUGUUCACAAUGCUGUGUGCCAGGAAACUAAUUUCACUGUUCAGUGUGACAAAAAUAUCAGACUGGAGUCCAAACAGGUUUUCUCUGAAAUGCAAAAAGUCAACUUUUCCCGUAACGGUUACCCUGUUUCAUUUGAUGCUAACGGAGAUCCUGUAGCUUUUUAUGAGCUGGUCAACUGGCAGAAGAGUGAGAGUGGAGUUAUUGAGCUGGCAACAGUAGGGUACUAUGAUGCAUCACUGCCUAAGGAGCAGCAGUUUCAUAUCAUUAGGAACAUACACUGGAUGGAUGGUGGUACACAAGUCCCAGCGUCAGUGUGCUCUGACAGUUGUCCCAGAGGAACUCAUAAAGUGUUGCAGAAAGGAAAACCCAUCUGCUGCUAUGAUUGUAUACCAUGUCCUGAAGGAGAGAUUAGUAACACGACAGAUUCUCCAGACUGUUUCCUGUGUCCCAGUGAAUUGUGGCCUAAUGCACAAAGAGACGCUUGUUUCCCCAAACCUGUGGAGUUUCUUUCCUAUGAUGAAGUCCUGGCAAUCAUCCUGGCUGCAUUCUCUGUUAGUGGGGCCUGUCUGGCCAUCAUAACAGCAGCUAUUUUCUUUCAUCACAGAACAACUCCAAUUGUCAGAGCCAACAACUCUGAGCUGAGCUUCCUGCUGCUCUUCUCUCUGACUCUGUGUUUCUUAUGUUCAUUAACUUUCAUCGGAGCUCCCUCUGAUUGGUCCUGCAUGCUGCGACACACAGCGUUUGGUAUCACCUUUGUUCUCUGUAUCUCCUGUGUUCUUGGCAAAACUGUAGUGGUUUUAAUGGCCUUUAAAGCUACACUUCCAGGUAGUAAUGUCAUGAAAUGGUUUGGGCCUCCACAACAAAGAUUGACUGUUUUGUCUCUUACUUUUAUUCAAGUUCUUAUCUGUACUGUGUGGUUGUUACUCAGCCCUCCAUUCCCAGUGAAGAAUCUGAGCACAUACAAGGAGAAGAUCAUCCUGGAAUGUGCAUUAGGUUCUGCUGUUGGGUUCUGGGCUGUGCUCGGGUACAUUGGCCUGCUGGCUGUUUUCUGCUUUGUGUUAGCUGUUCUAGCUCGGAAACUACCUGAUAAUUUUAAUGAAGCCAAGCUGAUAACCUUCAGCAUGCUGAUAUUCUGUGCAGUGUGGCUCACCUUCAUCCCAGCAUAUGUCAGCUCUCCUGGAAAAUUUACUGUAGCUGUGGAGAUAUUUGCUAUUCUGGCCUCCAGUUUUGGACUGAUUCUGUGUAUAUUUGCUCCAAAGUGUUUCAUCAUCUUAUUUCAGCCUGAGAAGAACUCCAAAAAACAUUUGAUGAACAAAAAUUAACUCCAAAUUCUCAGAGGUUGGAAAACAAGAUGGCAGGGUGACCAUAACACCAUGUCAAUUGAUUUUAAUUAUAUCACACAUGUUUGUGGCAAUUUUGUAAUCCUCAUAAACCAAAUAAAUAAUUAUAGCCAGCCAUUUACAAAUAUUAAAGAGUGUAUUCUUGAUUUGUGUAAUUUUAG